CCCCCUUCUCUUCCAUCUUCCCUCCAUUAAACCCUCCCUUUUUUUCACAUCCCUCUCUGCAACAGAACUCACAGUCCGCCAUUGCAGCACCUUCCAUGUCGACCGCCCCUUCUCCAUCUCCAUCUCCUUCUCCUUCUCCUUCCCCUUCCACCUCCUCCUCCGCUGCCGCCGCCGUCAAUUUCCCUUCCCCCUCAUCCUUACUGCCGGGAAAGCUCCCAGUCGACUUCAGUCCUCCUCUAAUCGCAAUGGUUGUCGUCAUCGCUACCGCCUUUCUCAUCGUCACUUACUCUCGCCUCAUCUCCCGCCACGUCAUCCCUCCAAUCCUCCUCCUAAUCCGCCGCCACCGCCGCCGCUGGCGGCGGUGGCGGCGGAGACGACGGCGCGCCCGAUCUUACCUCCCGUCCUCCUCCGGCGGCGACUUGGAUUCGCUCCCUUACGAUUCGCCUUUCUUCGAGCAUACGGAUGGCUUCCACGUGUUCUCCCCGUACGGCCUCGACGAAUCCAUCAUCAAGACGAUUCCACUCUCCGUCUAUACUGCCAAGAGCCGCCGUGACAGCCGUGACCGUGAGUGCGCCGUUUGUCUUCUGGAGUUUGAAGACGACGAUUACGUCCGAACGCUUCCGAUUUGUUCUCACGCAUUUCACGUUGAUUGUAUAGACGUAUGGCUUAGAUCACACGCGAACUGUCCUCUCUGUCGCGCGGUGGUUUUCAGGCCAGAAUCUCCGUUCACGCCGGUUAUGGCAGCAAGAAUCCGGCCAAGCCUCGACGAAACGAUCUUACAGAGCAUCGUAUUAGAGCCGCUAGCGGAAGGUCCUAUUCCUAAUCGAGAUUCUUAUCACGCAACAGAAUCGGAAAUCACGCCUUGCGUUGAUGAACCAAGGAACAGUAAUUCGUUAGAGGAUCAAAUGAACGGGCGAGAUUUCUUACUGAAACGAUCGUAUUCAUUCGGAUUCGAACGAAGCUUGGCGUCAGAGAGAAUGAUUCUGGAACCAGCAACCGCAUCGCCAUGGAGGUACCGCCGUGGAAGCUUCUGGAGCAAACGGCCAUCACCGUUCGGAUCUCUACCGAAGGCGAGAGUGUUCUCAUUCCGAUACUACAGAGGAAUGAAAUCGCCGUUCUUCAGACGACGAGGAGGAUUCUUUCCGCUAUCGGAAUCAAGCUGGAGAUUCUCCAACGGCGUAGGCGGAGGUUCAUCGAGACGAAGCAAGUCGAUGACAAGUCCAAUGUUUCUCCGAUCGUCGGUAACCAGCGGAGGAGCAGCAACGUUCUCAUCGAGCCGAUUGAGAUGCGGAGAUCCCGAGGCAUUACUAUCACCGGAGAGAUUCAACCGAAGAUGAGAGAAAAAAAGAAAAAAAGGGGGAAAAUGUGAAAAUAGGAGAGGACACGUGUGCGGACAGGAUGAGGGAGAGAGAGGGAAAAACGGACGGUGGGAGAUAGGGCGGAGGAAGAAAAGCGAUGCGACGGAAGGCGGUGGUGGACGGAAGAGAGAGAGAGAAAGGGAAGAGAGAGAAGGGGAGGUGGAAGGUGUUUAAUGAGAGCUGUCUGGCAAUUUUGUAGGGGUCAUUAAUGGGAGGUGGGGAGGAGCAUUUAAUGAAAAAUUGACGAGAGAGCCCUCUCUCUCUCUAUCUCUAA